CCCUCCCCCCCAAUAGGAAGCCUCCUCUCUCCUUCACCGCGCGACGACGAGCUCCUCAUGCUCGCGCGCGCCAGCUGAAUCGACCAACCAUCAACCCGCCGCUCUAUUUUCAUCAUCCGAUUCGCCCGCGUCGUUCCUGGCGAUCGUGCCGUCCGUCAUCCCAUGGUGACGGCGGUGGUGGAGUCGCCGCUGCGGCAGAGACAGAGGCUCCGGUCGCCGCUCGCCGGCAGCGGCGGCGACUUCGAGUUCCGGCACCGGCGCCCCGUGAAGCGCGUGUCCGGGAUGCGGCGGCGGUGGGCGCCGCCGGAUAUCGAGAUCCCGAACGGCCACUGCCUGGGCGGCGGGCGCGGGGCGUACACCAGCCUGCGCGACAUCAUGUCGUCGCCCGAGUACGCCAAGGACAGCUCCCCCGACGAGCCCAGCGGGGGCGGCGGCGUGCACACGAUCCGGCACCCGCUGGUGAAGCACGCGGCGUACGCGUACCUCCAGCUGACGCCGUCGGCGCUGGAGGAGAAGGAGCGGGCUAGGCGGCGGCGCGGGCGCGGCCCGCUCUGCCGCCUCCUCGCCGGCUGCCUCGGCUUCCUCGGGGCGCUCUUCCGGCGGUGACGGCAACGCCGCCGGGAACCAGCUGACAGUUUUGAGCUUUUGCAUUUGUUCCUCUGUUUUUCUUUUCUUGGUCUGUUCCCAUGCCUUCUUCUCCGUUGCUUUCUCGCUCCUUUUCGGUGCAUUUAGGACAGAGAAGAAGAAUCGACUGUUCCUGUUUUUGCUGGGGAUCGGAUGUAGCUUUUUUUUUCUUUCUCUUUGUAAAUACAGUAAUUCGGUAGGGAUUAGAAACAACAGAAGAAACAGAUGACACCAGGAAUCAUGAACUCAUGAUGUACAGCAACAUGAGAGGACAAAUCAUGUGCAUGGCGCGCACAAGAGGGUGGAAUAGAAACAAGGCAAAGCAGCAGGGUUCCUUUGAUCACCACAUCAUGCCGGCCUGUUGGCAUUCUGUUGCUUGAGUUGAGUUCGCCAUGUGCUCUGUUCAAAAGACGUUUCUCUUUUCA